UUUGCAGUUCGCGCCGCAGCCGCCUCUAGUCAUUGAGAUUGCGAACAGCCGCGCGCACGUCGCGCUCCGUCCUCACCAAAGUGAUAACGCGCCCUACUUAAACGAUAUAACGAUAUAUACGAAACCGACCAACUUUACGUUUAAUUUCAAUUUAUAUCGGAUCGUUAAAUUGUUUUAAAUUGCUGUCGGUCUAACCGCUCACAGUGGACAGUCGGCGCAGCUUCAAACCGGCUCUAUGACCAUAUGAUCAGCCGGACCCGUCGAAAUCGUGCCCUCUCGUAGUAACGAUGCGGAUUAACAAUUGAAAAGUGCAACGAAAGACGGAGCUCGAGGAUGAGUCAGAGUUGAACUUUCUCAAGUUAAAAGUGUUCAAGUUUUGUGACUUUUCACGGGAGAUGUGAUUGUUGACAUCGAGUGUGUAAAGUGCGAUGGCUGGUGCUAGUGAGGAAGGGGUUGGGGUGGAGGAUAAUACGCCGGUUCCAGAAGCCCGUAAACGUGGGCUGAGCGGGUCCAUGUCCUUGAGGACCCGCAAGUUGGGACGGCGGCUUUCGCGCAGCAUGUCUAUAGUUGCGCUUAAGUUGCCGGAGAAGGCGCAAAGCAUCACACGCACAUCGACUAAGCUUAUGCGAUCCGGCAGUAGGGAUAAAAAGAACAGAUCCUUCGAGUUGUCUGUUAUACUGCCGGACAAAACACAAAGACAGGUGUCAGUAUGGGGCAAUAGCACAGUUGCAGAAGUAAUCAACGAUCCCUUGCAAGAGGCUGGAAUUGUCAUAGCUGGGCUUCCAUCUGGACCUUUGUCAGUGCCGUUAUCCCUACCUAUUGCUGGGCCUCUUCCUCCACCAGAAGAAGCAGUGGCACCUCCAACCGCACUUUUGUUUCUCGGAGGCUCAAAGGCCCCCGUGGAACCAAGGGCACCUGCAAUUUUCUUGGAAGGGGAAGUAAUCGUCAUAGAAUUUGAGCCACCACCGUGGGAUGGAAAUGACCUAGAAGUCUUUCUUGCUUGGGAGAAAAUAUAUGCGUCUAUGCUGUUCUCAGCAGUAGAACUUUAUGGCAAGCCAUUGCUGCGCGCUGCAGUUAUUACCAAAGAAGAAUAUCACUUGCUGUUCUACUAUUUAGAGUCAGUGUCAGAAGCAAGCGAAGCAUUAACACAACGUAUGCGAAAAUACAUUGAUUCUGGUUUACUAAAAAGCAAUCCCACUAAAGAUAAAGAGGACGAUACACUUGCCGCUCUUAAUACGCAGUUGGACUCUAUUAAUAUUGAAAAUGAGUCGAAAAGUCUUUUGACGGAAUUGAUUCAAGAGGGAAUUUUAUCCCAACGUGACGUAGAUUGUGCAUCUGACAUGGCUAAUUCUAUGUAUAGUGAACAACCUGCAAAUAAUAAAAUUCUAGAUGAUGAUAAUAGAUCCAGUUCAUCAUCACUGGGUGUUGCUCCGCGCCAAGUUGUAGUUGACGUUGUUGUAGAUAACGGUGAGUCAAUUGUCGAAGAUUCAUUAGCAGAAGAAUCAGAAAAGGUUAACACUGUGACUUUAAAAAAUGGUGGCCAAUGUUGUGCCGACCAUAGAAUAUCAGCUGAUAUUACAGAAAAUGUUUGGUCUAAUGUUCGCUGGGACUUCCUUAACCCAGCCGAUUUUGGGUAUGAUCAAGUACCAAAUGUAAAAAGAAGUCGGUCAGAGUCUGCUUUAACACCUGUUGUAACAAGACGUAAUGAAGAUAUUUACGAGACAUUAAGAGACGACGAAGAGAACUCCUGUGGUAGCAUGACACCUUAUGAAUCUAUAGAAGAUUUAUAUGACUGCAUAAAAAACGCUGCCUAUAAUAAUGUUAUCGUCGCUCAAUCAUCACCUUCGACCGAGAGUCAAUCUGAGCCGCAAUAUCCGGACUUCGAUGAAAAGUCGAUCACAACACGCCAGAGUUCCGCUAGUAGUGAAAAAAGCGGAACCUCGUCCGCUUUUCCAUUCUCGAAGUGUGGUUCGAGUGAUUCAACCGGUGCGUACACGUCGUGCGAGUCUUCUAGUGGGAUCAAUACUUUCGCUCCGAAAAGCAUUCCAGAGUUAAUUAAAUGUAGAGAACUACCUCCUCCGCCUACGGCAGUCGAAAUGAAUGAGAGUACUAUUCUAUUGAAGCAGCUGUUUAUGGGUGAAUUGAUGGAUGCAUACGGUGAAUACCUUUCUGCGUAUCCAUACGCUCGAUCGCUGUUGCGGCGGAAGAUGCGUCGAGACGAACAUUUCUCUGCGCUGGCUGACAUCAGACGCGGCGCCGCCAAGUACACCAUCGCCGAUUACUUGGAAUUACCGAUCGAACGAUUAGCGCAGUAUGAGCGGCUUGUAGGCGGCGGUUGCGCACGUCGGCGUGCGGCGCGCCUUUCCGACCUGGAGAGAGUGCAGGACCUCUUCCCCCACGACUACCUUGCCUUACAUGACGCAGACGCACCUGCAGCACUCGCAUCACACCAUGCACAGAAAUCUAAGAGCCUCCGCAAACGACCGAGCUUGGACAUUGGCGGUACAGUCAGCUCUAACAAUUCUCUCACACCAAGGAACUUCAUUAUGGAAGCACCAGUGCAACUGUGCCCAUUGGGCUCUACCUCCCCACCGUUAGAUAGACAUUUCUUCCUGUUCAACGAUCUACUUCUCGUCGGGAAGUCGAGAGGAACAAAUUGCUUUAAAUUAAAGGAAAGUGUGAGACUGACGGAGCUGUGGCUGUCGCUGCCUGACAAUGAUGAUACCGGCUUCCUUAUCGGUUGGCCAGCGCUUAGUGGAGUUAUCAACUACCUCGCUACUUACCCCACGCAAGCUGCAAGAGACACAUGGUACAGAAAAAUUCAAAAUGCAUUAAACACACAGCUGACCAAUGAGCCAAAGUCGACAAAUAUUCAAAUUUUCUACAAAGAUCUGGCGAGUUCGAUCGAAUUCUGCAAAACAGUAUCAGUAAACCCUGACAUGAGCGCUCGUUGUGUCGUCCGUCAAGCGCUGCACGUGCUGCAAGCUGGUUCGGAAGACCACGACGAGGGGGAAGGAGAGGACCGCUGGGGCGCCGCUAAUGAUUUUAACCUAUGGGUGCGAACGGGACGGGACGCGCCGCCUUCACCUCUGCAGGGGAAUGAGCGACCGCAUGCUAUACAGAUGUCCAGAAUAAGACAAACCUUGUCCAAUGAAGAUGGCUUCGAUCUGGAACACGUCAAUGCUAAAAACAAUCCGUGCGGGCUCGUUUUCGAACUGAGGAAGAAGAAUCAAGCACUAAAAAGUACCACUGGUGGCAGCCGCGGCCUGCGCUUACUUCGUCGCGGCGGUCGUCUGUUCGGCGUGUCGCUGUCGCGGCUGUGCGGCGGCUCCCCGCCCCCCGCGCUGCUGCACGCGAUGAAGCGCCUGCGAGCGCACGCGCCGCACACUCACGGCGUUUUCCGCAGGAGCGCUAAUGCAAAAGCGCUCAGAUUGCUCAGAGAUAAGCUGGACGCGUUAGGCCCUAGUGCAGGUACUUGCCCAGAGCUAGACCGUGCACCGGUACUGUUGUUGGCGGCGCUGGUCAAGGAAUUCUUCCGAGCACUGCCCCAGCCCCUUUUACUAGCGGAACUAUACCCAUCCUGGCUGCAAGUGUUAAAUUUACCACAAACUGAAAAGGUAUCUGCUAUCCGCUCUUUGCUACUCAAACUACCGAAACCACAUUACACUAUGCUAACAUACUUUGUAUGUCUCCUUCAAGCAAUUGCUAAGAAAUCGAACAUUAACCUUAUGUGCCCUAUGAACCUUGGUGUUUGCGUGGGACCCAGUCUUCUGUGGCCCAACGUUCCUUGCGAUAAAGCUCCCAAAGCUGUGCCAAUGGUGGUUGAACUCCUCAUUGUAAAAGCUGAAGCAUUGUUCGGACCUCAAAUUACAGGAUUGCUAGGUAAUGGUUCUACUGAAACGUCUAAUGCACUACUUGACUCAGGCGCUGAAGAAAGUGACAGUCUCCAUUCCGUUGGAAUCUCCUUGGACUCUAUGGAACUCACAACCCCACGUAAAGAAAAACUUUCUUUAAGCAGAGAUUCCGGCCUCACACUCUCAGAAGAUGAUUCCAACAGUAAUGGAGGGAAUAGUCCGGCCCCAAGAAAUAUCCUACACAGCCUAUCAGCGCCAACUUGCAAUAUGCAACAAGAGGGCAAAAUAAACUCCCGUUACAAUAAUGAUAAUCACAAUGUAAACGGGCUUCCGCCGAUUAAUCAGCGACAAAAUAUUUACUCAAACAAGGCAGAAAUAUACAGUACCGUAAAUGAAGAGCUAUACACGAUGCCAUAUAUGGGCGAUAGAUAUGUACAUAAUCCGAUAAACGGCGGCAUUUCUAACGGCAUUGAUGAUAGAAAUUACGUGUCAAAGACUGCCGUACAGCGAUCGACCGCUGAUAUUUAUGGUCAAAGUCCAGCUAAAUAUAUAACCGGACUUGAACCUCAGAAACCGCCGAGGAGCAAUGUUUCAAAGGCGGCUCGUACCUCAAAGGUAUACAGCAUGUAUGCAGAAACGCAAGAAACAGACAAAAAUAUUGCCAAUAAAAGCUUUAACCGCGCCAAAAGUUCAGAUAAUUUGCUUGAAACGAAACAAGAGACGAUCGAUUCAAAUCGCGAUUUAGUUUCUAGUCAAGAAAAUAUCGUAUAUAGUAACAUACACGACCUUGCCAUGUUUACUGAAAGUAUCCAACGACAGAACCAAUACCAGACGCACUCAGAGUUACUUUCGAACAUGAAUACUAAUUAUUCUCGCGUUUACACUGGAUGGGAGAAAAAGAGUCCUAACUACAACAGCCAUUCGAAUAAUGCAAGUGAAAAGAUAUAUGGGCAAGUGAGUAAGCAAGGAGAAUCCUCGCAGAAGAUAGAAGGUAAAGCGUCUCCGGCAGCCACCAUUUUUACAAGAAAUGACUGGUCUCGUCAAGCAGCGAGGACGAAAAGUUUAGAAGUGAGUGACGAAGGACAUAACGUCACGACAACACGAAAUGGAAACUACGAUGUGAACAUCGUAAACUGUUGUCGCAAACGUCGCUUUGAUCCUGCCCACAUGUGCACUAAAAGUUGCAUUGCGCUCUCCAUGGUUAAUGGUAAUGGUAGGGAAAAAGAAAAGCUGACUAUGAACCCGCUCCAAAAUUCGUAUUCAUACGUUGAUGACAUUCGAAGGAAUAAUUCUGAAGAAAGCAAAAAGUCCAGGAUACGAACCUACAAUAAUAAUAAGUUGAACCAAUCGAAAUCCCUGGCGAACAUAAUUCUGCAAAGUGACUCAAGUAGCAACGACACUCUAUACCAACCGCAGAGUUCAUUCAACAGUCGAUCGACGGAAUCGCCAGCGAGCGAGAAUUCCUUCGAAAACUGCUACACGACGCAAUACAUUGAACCUCUGUAUACUUCAGUCUACAACCGCAGAAGAGAUAUUUUCCACGAAGACAAGAACUCCAACAUGUUCGCUUCCGAUAUUUACAAGGCGACACCGACUGCUGUUCAGCCAGAAUACUCGGAAACUGAGCCUAAUAACAACAAGAAACCUCCGCACAUGCCACCUCCAGUACCACCGCGAAAAAUGGUGUAUCAAAGGGUAUUGAAAAAGUUUCAGCCGGUUCAUGUGAAUAAGGACGAUAAGACAUCUCGAUCUAAGUCUGUACCGCCGGUCUAUCGAGAUCCGCCAAACGGAACGGAGAAAAAUGAAAACGGCAUCGCCUUGGAUGCUUCUGAAUCUGAUACGGAAUCUGAAUCAUAUGUCUGAACUUUGGUUAAGCACAAUUUUCGUUUGUUUUGGGUGCAAUAAUCAAAUUAACUAUUAUAAUGAGUCGAACUUAUGUAUAUCAUAAAUGUCAAACAAAUUAAUGAAUUUAAACAUUUUGAUUAAGUGGAGAGAUUCAUCUUAGGUAUUUAUAGUUUUUUGAGCCUUCGAUUGUAUUAAAAUAGCAAUCUCAAAUAACGCACUUAAUAGUUAUUUAAUAUAACAAAAUAUUCGUAUUUUAAUCGUAGCGUGUGAUCCCGCCUUAGAGUUUUUAAAUCAUGUGACCAUAACCUGAAUAUUCCGGUGAUGAGUUUCCAAAGACGUAAAAUAGUUUCAGACUAUGUACAGGUGGUUGUUUUCUAUAGAUGUAUAAUGAAAUCGUAUUUUAAUAUAAGAUUUAGGUAAAAUAAACACCAGCCAACUGUUUUAUGUAUAGAUUAAUUAAAUUUUUAUAUAAAGUAUACUGUAACGUUAUUUAGUACCUAUCUACUGUGUCAUGUUUGUGUAUUUCUUUGAGAUAAAUAAAAAUAAUAUAUCUAUGUUUAGGUAUCGAGUGUUCGUGUAUAUAAUGUAUAAAAGUGUAUCUAACUAUACCUUCAAACAUAAAAUAAACAUGUUUUAUAUU